GGAUCCGCCCAUCAACAAUACAGUAAUAAUCAAAUCAACCUUCGACCAUCAAGGCUGAACUUACCGAGCUAGCUCCCUUCUCUUCCCAGCUAAGGUGCUUAGAGUUGAACCUAAAUCGGCCCCCUGUCGUGGCUUCAUCUUCAUCCCCUUCCCCUUCCCCUUCCCCUUCCUCGCUCUCCCAUGAUCCCAUCCCAUGCAAACACUACUGUACAUGUACUGUACUUACGUUUGCCCUUGGCUCUGGGUCUAACGCCGCCGCCUCGUAGCCAGAGCUGUCCCUGCCCGCCCCGCCCUAGCCGUUUCUGUCCCAAACGCUUCUUUCAGGUUUCUAACUUCUGUCGAUGUCUGCAGUGCUGCACCCUGACUGCCUGAGCCUGAGCCUGAGCCUGAGCCUGAGCCUGAGUGAGGAGGGAUACGGCGCUUACGGAAAGGGCGAGGGAGCAGUGUCCGGGUCCGAUAUGAUGAGAUUUGCUGAUCCCGAAGAUGGACCUCCACCAUGCCCUGCCAUGCCAUACCAUACCAUACCUCCAUACCUUUCCUUACCUUCCUAACCUAACCUUCCUUGACCACCAACACUACGCCACGGCCUCUGGUGCUCCCUCCCUCCCUCCCUCGCUCCCUCCACCACACCACACCACACCACCAUUCCAGAGCCACACUAACAGCUAUCAACCUCACUUUCCAGACCUGAUUCAUGUCACCCCUAAAUCCCCGACAUGUGCGAGCCUCGCGCCGUUACCGUUGCCCGGCGUUUCUUACAACAUCAAAGCCAUCCUAAGCUAUCCCUCUCCCUCCACCACCUUCUCGAGGGAUAUAUACUCCUUCGUAUCCACUCCUUCGACCAUCUUCAAACCUGCCCCGCAUACCAUAUUUGAAAAGCCUCAUCACGCGGAGACUUUAGACCACCUUCGACCCAUAUUUCAGAUCCAUCUCUGAAGCACGUCCCUGCCAGUGGGACAUUCCCCGUCUUACGCGUAGGAAUUGGGCCACCUUCAGUACGACAUAUACCAUAUCUCCACCUCUCUCUCCUCUUUAUCCUCUUCCUCCUCCUCCACAUCACUGUCGCCGCACGACUCAUUGCCAUGACAAGUACAUCAACUAUUACAGCCGCCAUGACAAGCAACAGCUCGAACAGCCCCAUUCCUAUGGACGAGGAAGAACCGCGGAAGAAGGGUUCUCGUGGUGGUAAGAGGUCGGUCACACACCUCAGUAAAGCCCAAUUAGCACGCAAGCGCGCCAACGAUCGAGAGGCGCAACGGAACAUUCGACAGAGAACAAAGGAACAUAUUGAGAAUUUGGAGCGGAAGGUAAAGGAGUUGGAGCAAGGCAGUCAUGCUGGGAGCAUUGAGAGAGUCCUCAAGAGGAACAGGGAGCUGGAGGAAGAGGUUGAGAAGCUUCGGGCACAGAUUACUGGACACCAUACACCCAUUACUGGACAUCACACACCAGUCCUCGGUGUUCAACCACCUCCCGACCUCCCAGAUGAUUUGAUGGUGCCUCAAAAGGUCGAGUUGGACUGGGCGCCAGGCUCAGCCGCCUGCGCAUGGCCUCAACCUGUGUCACAUCUGCCUGUGUUGAGCAGCAACCAGCACAAUCCAACUUCUAAUGGCGCAUACUCGUCAACCACUUCCUACCCAGCAACAACCUCAUCUAUGGGAUAUGAUGACGAGGGCUCAAUCUACACACCAGAGAGCUGGGGUAGUCCAGCCCCAUACGGUGGAGGUCCACAGACCACCACUCAGACCAUGUCCAAGUCUGUCCCAGCCUGGUCACCAAUCGACCCAACCUUCUCUCACCACCAGCAGUCUUCACGCUUCCCUGAUAUGCAGAUGUCUGGCUUCAGCGAUGUAGUUAGCCAGCAAACCUAUAGCUCAACAUGUUGGCAAAAUCAGCCGCAAAUCUACUCCUGGCAGAUGUCUACCAAGUUGAAGUCACCCGUCACUUAUCUAGACCAACUAAUGCACAGCGUCAUCCAUGCCCAACGACACCUCUUUGCAACAAAUGAGGCUGCCCGAGAGGAAUUGGUAGGGCCAUCCUUCCCCUCCGUCCACAUCCUCUUCAACCAGCCCGGCCCACCCGAGAAGACACCCUCGCCCAUGACCAAACUCAUGGAGAAAUACGCCCUCGUCCUCAACACCCGCGGCUUCCCUCUCAUCCCCGAAAAAGUCGCCUCCUUCAUGUGCAUGUACAGAUUCAUCGCAUGGCAGAUCUCCCCCUCCUACAGCACGUACAACAAUCUCCACGAAUGGCAGACUCCCCGACCCUCACAGCUCAUGAUCCCGCACUGCGCGUGGAUGGAUCUCCCUCCCUGGGGCAAGUUCCGGGAUCGCGUGAUUGAGAACCAGGAGAAGUACGACACGCCUGAGUUCCAGCGGGAUUACAGCGAGAACUUCACGGUCAACUUCCCUUGGGAUCCCAUGAAGGCGCUGAUGUUUGAGAAUGGUCGCAUGUUGAUCUCUCCUGUGCUGGAGAGGCAUCUGGGCGAUAUCGGGAAUAUGAGUAUGAAGAAGGCGUUUGGGGAUAAGUAUCCUGAGUUUAGGGAUGUGUGUAGGAUUGAUGAGGUGUGAGGGUGUUUUACUUCUUCUCCUCCUAACCUCCUGGACCUCCUCGAGUUUUUUAACGACGAUAAGGAGGAUGGGGAGAUCUACGGAAUUGUCUGCUUUGCUUUGCAGUACAUAUAAUGAUGCGACGACAACUGUUCAAACUGUUUUUUUGAUAUCAAUUUGCUUUUUUAUCUUCUUCUUUUUCCUAUUCUCUCAUCCCCGGCGUCUGGCCUGGGAAUGGGAAUGGAGAUGUGUGUCAUGCAACACGGCGUUCCCGUUUUUUCUUUUUUUUUCUUCUUCUUUUCUUCUCUUGUUCUCUUUCUCGAUCAAUGGAUUACAAGAUCUCGAAUUAUCGGAUCGGACUGGUUCGGACUGGAUCGGAUUGGAUUGUAUGCGUAUCAGCACAACAGAAUGUAGGAUUAUCAGAUUUUUCUGGGGGGUCUCUGGGUGGCAAUUUGAAUGGGAUUUGGAAUAUGGACUCGGGACCGAGCCGGCGAGCUCGGGCUGGCUGCCUGGAUGGCGGGCUGGCGUCAUGUAUCUAUCUAUCUAUCUACCUACCUACCUGUCUAUGGCUGAGAUGUAUGUAUCUAUGGCUGAGCUGAGCUGAGAUGAGAUGAUGAUGAUGUGACGCGUGCUCUUGGUUGGGCCUGGCCUGGCCUGGCUUAUGUAUGUAUGCAUUGGUUUGGCGUUUUUUUUUACUGGACUCGCCUGUGGAUGAAUGAAUGGAUGGAUGAAUGAAUAGAUGAGAUGGAUGGUUGGCAUCAUGGCUGUGAAUACCUUAGGGUGGGCGGGCUUUGUCUGUGUGUGUGUCUGUGUGCUCUGUUUGUGGUUAUGUAGUGUUAGGAUGAUGAACAUUGAUCUGUCAACAAUAUAGAUGGAUGGAUGGAUGGAUGGUUGGUUGGAGGUACUAGCUAGGUAGGUAGCUAGGUAGCUAGCAGACUAUGAAAUCGAGAGGCUUUUGAAGAUG